AAGACGGUGGUGGCAGUGACAGCCACAACGGUGGUGGCACUGAGGGCCACGGCGGCGGCGGCGACCAAGGCGGCGGUGGCGGCGACCCUGAAGGUGAAUCAGCUGACCAUCAUGGCUGUGGCCAAAUACAUAGCUUUUGCUGCCUUUAUUAUCCUGGCUGGCACUGGCAUAGCUGUGGGCUAUACUGGUGCAAGCCUCCUGACAUCAUAUGUGGCUUAUCUUUCCCCUUGGAUGCCUGCCUGGCUUUGGGUGGCAGUGGGCAUGAUUUUGAUGCUUGGAGUUGGAAUAACUGCCACAAGCACUGUUGGUGCUAUUGCUACAUUGGCUCCUAAGCCACGAGCAUUCAAGAUUUGUCUGUCUCUGCUCCUGUUGAUGGUGGUGACAGAAAUUGUAGCCACAACAAUAGUUUAUCAGAAACAGCAUGCACUCUCCCAGGCACUGGGUGACUUCAUGGGUGAGUCUAUGGAGAGAACCCAAGCAGAUUAUGGGGAGAAAGAGUCUGAUACUCAGCUGUGGGAUGAAAUCCAGAUGGAGAUGAACUGCUGUGGUACUAUUAGCUACAAAGAUUGGUUUACCACAACUUUUGGAAAUGGUACAGAUGUCCCAGACUCCUGCUGUCUUAUGGUAGAACCUGGCUGUGGGAAAGACAUUGCAAAUGUAGUUGAUCCUGAAGAUGAAGUAAUAACCGAGGGUUGCUUCCCCACAGUGCUACAUGCCAUUGGACUUGACUACCACACAUUGAGCCGAGGAGUGUGGUUGCCUGUAUGUGCCAUGCACGUUGCUCUUAUGGUUCUGCUGAUUGCCACAAGCAUGUUCUUACAAGAAAGCUACACUGCUGGUAACCUAAGAAUUUACUCAGUGUCUGCUGUUCUUCCAGCUACCACUCACAAAUACCAAGCACUUGAUAAUACCUUUUAGGGAAAACACCAAGGCAUACCUUUAUUUCACAAGGUUCCAUAUAUAGGUAACUCUAUAUUUAAUAACUUAAGGGUUGCAGCUCAUGUUCACUAUAAAGAAUAGUAUUUAUUUUUACAUAAGAAGCUAUAUUAGUAGUGCUCAAAUACAGUAGUUUACAAGUUUUUUUUUGUUUUUUCUUUUGAGUUUGUUACAUCAUUUUAAAUACAUAUAUAUGUACAGUCUUUUUUUUUCAUUGUUCACCUUAGAUUUGUUUACUUGUAAUAUACACAAUUUCAGGAAUUAUUAUGGUGAUAUAUGGUACUUUGCCUUAUUGUUUAUCCAGUGUAUACUAUCAUUUUAUUUUCUGGUGUAUAGUCUUUUGUUAGAUUUUGUAGUGGAAUGUUAAAUGAAAAUUUACAAAUAUACUAAUGUGUAUAUGCAUGUGUGUAUAUACAUUUACAAUGAGUACAUAUUUAGUUUUGUAGCUGCUUGUACUCGGAAUGAUAUUGGGUUUGUAAGAUAAUGCGUUAGCCAUUAUUAUUAUUACAAUACACUUUCGAGUUGUGAUAAUAUAUUGUAAGUGACACUAACUUGUAUUUAAAAGCAAAAUAAAUCAUAAUAGGUUUACUUAAUUUCUUUGAGAAUUAUUUGGUGCUGAGUAUGUGGUUGAUGCUUAUUUUUUGAUUAUCUCUAAAGUGAGGUCAAUCCACAGCUGAACUAAAUGCAUAAAAUAUUAGUUACACAUUUAUUCCUUUACCAUUCUUUUAGUGGAAAAUCAUUAAAUCAGUGAUGUCAUUGGCAUAUACAGCCUCUCCUCACUUAGCGACGUACUCGUUUACCAAUGCCUUGGACUUACGACAGGCACUCUGACCAGUGUGCAUACCUAAAUAAUGUACAUUAGAGCUGAUUUCCUCUAUUCUGUUUGUUACAAUAUACAGUACACUACUGUAUAAACAUUUUAAAAAUAUACCAGAAAUGUUAUAAAUGGUGCAGAGGUGACAUUAAAACAAUAUCAAAGAUAGUUGACACAAACCCACUACCAUUAUAGUAUGCUCCUCACUUAGCAAUGAAUUUGUUUACUGAUGUGGUCUUAGGGACAGAACUCCAUCAUAAAGUGAGGAGAGGCUGUACUGUAAUGGAAUACUUUUCUUUGAUUGACAGGAAAAGGGUUUUUAUCAGUGGGUCCAGUAACUCAUGAGAAUACACUUAUCUUUCUUACACAAUUAAAUUCUUUCAGGGAUACAAGUCCUAUUUUUCAUUCUAUCACUGUUGUGUACUCAACCCACCUCACUAGUAGUUACUGUUUAGCAACUGGUAGGACAUAAUUCUCACUCAGCAGACCUUUGAUCAUGUCAACCAUGCUUUCCUUCUGAGCAACAAAGUCAGAUUUGCAAACUGGAGGUGUAAUGCUGACAAGUGGUGAUACAAUUACUAAUUGAAGUGCAGUUCUUUAUUGGUGCAACAUUUCAGCUAAGGGUGGGCUUUCUCAAGCCCACCUGAAAAUGACAUGAAAUGUACCAGUAAAAGACUAUUGCAGCCUUGUCAUUUUCUUAGCGCAAGGAUAACAUGCACAACAGAGAAACGGUUAAAGUUAUGAGAGUCCUAAAGCUGCAAUUGAUCCAUUGCAGCAUAAAAAGUCUUUCUUUCAUUAAGAGGUAAAUAUUCUGUGCUUACUUGGUAUAAUGACUUAUGAGAAUAAUCCUAACAGGAUUCACAUAUGGAAAUGACCUCAGUGUGACUUUGGGUAAAAUAUAGAUCACCCGUGAAGAGAAACAGAGGCAAUCAAAAUUUACAUGGAAUCACUGAAUUUUUUUUUUUUUUUUUUAACGCGAGUGUCGCACUUUGUGAUUAUCAGGUCGCACAGCAUGUCUAAUCUUUAAAAGCAGUGAAAGAAGACAUCAAAGAACUCAUACUUGACAGGAAAACAUGCUUUAGUUCCCCACCUACCCAAGAUGUAUAUUAUGGUAGAUAGAGGGUUCUAUAUCCCAUGAGCAUUCAGAAAGGAGUAUUUGGUAGGAGUGAAUGGAUGCAAAGUAGUUUUUAUGACUUGACAUGCUGUUGAAGUGUAAGGAAGGUAACAUUUAUGAAAGGUUUCAGGGAAACCAAUAAGCUGAACUCGAGUCCUGGAAAUGGGAAGUACAUGCAGUGUCUGCACAUUGAAGGACGGGUAGGAAUAUUGCAGUUUGAAAGUGCAUCUGAAGUAGUAUUAGCAUGCCUCUGACAAGACAGUGAUAGAGUGAGUGAUGGUGAAAGUGUUUUCUCCUUUUUCAGAUCACCCUUCCUUGGUGGGAGACAGCCGGUGUGUUAAAAAACUUGUUUGAGGAAUUGAGGAACUUGUAUGAAAGCUAUAUACAAAAUAUUAAUUAAAAUACAACAUAGUUAAUGUACUCUAUAUUUUUUUUACACUGGCUGUCUCCCACUGAGGCAGGGUGACCCAAAAAAAAAAGAAAAAAAAUACAUUUUAUAAUUUUUUUUCAAUUACAUUUAGUAAUUUAUACAGAAGGUUACUAGCCCCUUGCUCCUGGCAUUUUAGUCGCCUCUUACAACAUGCAUGGCUUACAAAGGAAGGAUUCUUUUUCUACUUCUCCAUGGAUUUGUACUCUAUAUACCUGUAUUAAAUAGAUUGGACAUACAUCUGUAUACACUGGUGUUGCUGUUAUAAACUAUGAUUAGCAUCUGACAAAACACUUGUAUGCAUUGUUGCUGUAUCUUGAACAGCCUUAGACAUAUACAGUACCAUGGUUAUUGUAUGGUAUUGUUGCACUUCUGUAUAUCUUUGACAUAGAAUACCUUCUAUAAGUUGAUAUUUUACCAUCCUUUAGGAGUACUCCUGCAGUAGUGGCCAGAAAAAAAAAAUGUACGAGACGUUGCCCUAUAGAAUGUGUAGUAUCUAGCUUAUAUGGAAUCAUAUAGUUAGCCAUGGGUAUCUUAUAAUUUCAGAGGGAAUUAAAGCCAAUGAGACCAAAGAACCAAAAACACCCAUAGUCAAAAGAAAGUAAAAGUUUAAACUCACAUGGCAUGAGAACCUGAGCUACCUAGGUUGAAGUGCACCAAGAUUCACCAGAUGUAUGAUGUAUAAACAAAACCCUCAGCAGCUGAAAAACUUUUGACUGAUAAGAGAACCGUAAUUGAAUCUUAGUGUUUAUACAAUACUUAACCCUUAAACUGUCCAAAUGUAGAUCUACGUUUGCGUGCGUAGCACUCUGACCUUGAUUUUCUCCAUAAGAAAGCAUGUAAAAAAACAUAGAUCUAUGUUCAGAGCGCUAUGCGAGCGAACGUAGAUCAAUGUUUGGACAGUUUAAGGGUUAAGAACUGACCCUGAGAACUGAGGAACACUGUUAGCUGGCAAGUAUGCAGUGCACUAUACAAAAAUUUUAGAAAUUGUAUAGACACUUUUCAGUCAUCAUUCUCACUGAAUUAUCACAACUUUACUCUUAGGAUUGUUUCUAUGUGCAUUUAGACUAUAUUGUCCAUAUUGUAUAGAAUAAGAAAUCAGCAUAAGAAAAUGAAGCAAGAGUCAAUAGUAGCUACAUAACUAUAGAGCUAGUAAGAAAACAACAAUAUCCAGUGAAUCUAAUAUCAAAUUGUUAAUCUCUUACUGCACAAAAUGCAGGAACAUGGAAACAUAUUUCCUACUCACAACAAAACUGUACCUCACUGCACUAUCAGGGUAGGUAAUUGCAUGAUCUGUAGGUUGAAAAAAUGAACCAUAUUUGAUGUACCUAGUGCAUAAGAAGGAGCUUUGGCAUUUCAUUUUUUUUUUGUAAGGACUGCAGACAUAUUUGAAAUAAGCUGAUUAUAAGCCUUGUCUUCACACUGGUAAACAAAAAUAUUGGUUUUACACUUAGUGAGAUUAUUACUACACCUACCAUCCGACUUACGACCGAGUUCGGUUCCGAGAAACCGGUCGUAAGUCGAACUUUACUACUGAAUAUCAACAAAACAUUUUUGUAAUGACUUUAUUUUAUUGUUUUAUUUUGGUAUUUCAUGUUUUACUUUACUUUUUAUGUUGUUAUUGUAUUUUACACUGUAAGGUUUAGGAUAAACACUGUGUACAACAUAAAUAGUUGUUUAUUUCCCAGAAAUUUGGCAUAAAAAACACGGGCGUAAGUCGAGUGGUCGUAAGUCGGAUGGUAGGUGUUUUUUUUUUUUCAACAAACCGGCCAUAUCCCACCAAGGCAGGGUGCCCCAAAAAGAAAAAUGAAAGUUUAUCUUUUUAAAUUUAGUAAUUUAUACGGGAGGAGGGGUUACUAGCCCCUUGCUCCCAGCAUUUUAGUCGCCUCUUACAACACGCAUGGCUUACGGAGGAAGAAUUCUGUUCCACUUCCCCAUGGAGGUAAGAGGAAAUAAACAAGAACAAGAACUAGAAAGAAAAUAGAAGAAAACCCAGAGGGGUGUGUAUAUAUAUGCUUGUACAUGUAUGUGUAGUGUGACCUAAGUGUAAGUAGAAGUAGCAAGACGUACCUGAAAUCUUGCAUGUUUAUGAGAAAGAAAAAAGGACACCGGCAAUCCUACCAUCAUGUAAAACAAUUACAGGCUUUCGUUUUACACUCACUUGGCAGGACGGUAGUACCUCCCUGGGCGGUUGCUGUCUACCAACCUACUACCUAGAAUUAUUACUAUUAUUAUAAUUAAAACCAAGCACUAAACCCAAAAGGGGGAACUUAGUGAGAUGAAAAUUUGCAAUAAUCCAAGGGUCAUUAAGAAAUACUGUGAGAGAACUCAGGAGCCUGCCAAACAGGGAAGAAUGUAAGCACUGAACAUGACUGGGCAUGUAAUCCAAGGGAAUAUUUCAUUGUACUACACGCCCAAUUAGUCAUGAACUCUUACAAAUACGUAUAGACAAACAUCCAACCCACUGGUUACUUCGAUGUGUGCUAUAUUAUUUAUAAAUCACAAAUACAAAACUGGACAGCAAAUUAAUGCCAAUUCAGCACUUUUAGCUCGUAAUUCAAGCGUGAUCAAUAAGAUCCAGGCGCUGCCUAGUGGGAAAUGUCUUACCGAUUGUUAGGCACUAAUUACAAGCAAAGCAGGCAGGGUACACAUUGGAAAUAAGGUGAAACAUGACUUGUAGCAUAUACAGUAUUAUAUUCUCAGAGAAGGGGAAGCUAUUAGAUCCAACAAGCAUAGAAAAGAGUGAAACUAUACCUCUUAAAUAAAUUUAACUGGUUCAGGUAUUUGCUAAGAAUGACCUUGCUGACAUUGAUAGUUUGCAGGCAUUGACAGUUUUUUUAAUUAAGGUUUUUAAAUAAUGUAACUGUUUUUAAUAGAUAUGUUUCUUAGCUACUGGUGCAAAUCUCACUAGUUAUUUAUAAAAGCUUCAAAUAUUCACAACUCAGUUACAGUACUUGCAAAAUAAAGUGUAUACUGGUAUAGAUUAACACUUGAUUGGCAUAAAAUGAGCUUAGUAGUUUUAACUAUUUGCCAAGAAAUUUUUGCAGCACUAUUUCCUAUUGUGAGAAAAAAAUCAUGUUUGUAGUCAAGUUACUGGAAGAAAUGUUAUGUAUAUAUUGUACUGUCAAAAUUAUUUGUAGUCAGAUUUUAAAUACAGUAUAUAGUUCACAUGCAUAUUUUUCUCUGUUGAGCAUUACCAUGAUUACUGUACUAUAUUCAUGAAAAGCACUAAAUCUGCGAAUGUCAUCGAGUGCUAUACAAGAGAUAAAAUAUGUGGAAAGGACAUCAACAGAGCAGUGAUGGUAUUUAAGAUACUACUGAGUAUUUUUUGAUGAUACAAUACAGUAUAUGUAUAUACAUGUAUUGAAGCAAUUCUUACAUUUAUGACUAAGAACAGUAGUUGCUAGCCUCCGGCUAAUACUGCACUUCUUAUAUGCUAUGAAUGAUUUGCCUAUUGUACAAAAUGGGUGGAAAAACCUGCCAUUUUACAGGUCAGACCAGUGAGCCAGUGGUAGGCCUUGGUCAAAUGAUUGAAAGUGCCACUGAUUGGGUUAUCUGAUGACCAAAGAUGCGUGUCGAGAGAAAUAUUCCCAUUUCUCUCUACAAUUAUUAUAAUCAAAAAGAAGCGCUAAUUCUCUCUACAAACAUUUAGUGCUUUCAUGAAUAUAAUGAUAAAAAUGACAAAAUACUACCACCACCUCUGUCUGCCUCCGAGGACUUGGCACUUACGUUGUCAUUCAGCCUAUUUUAAAACUCAAUUUUUAUUUAUAAUCAUUAGAAAACAUCAGUUAUAUUAAUUAUAUUUUUUGGGUAAUUACAUAAUUUUCAAGACUUAGGUAAGUAAUUAUUUAAGAUUAUUAUAAAAAUAAUAAUCAGUAAAAAGUAUAAUCCUAUAGAAUGCUAUUUGCUUGAAUGUUUUGAGAGAAAAUUUUGCGAAAAAUUCCUAUAUCUAGUACAUUUAUGCCUGUGAUAUACCUGUUUCAUUAUGAAAGAAAUUUAAUUAUUAUGAUACUGCCAGUCCACAAAUUCCUUUACAAGUGAAACUUAUGCUUUUUCUUAAGUAAUCUAACUUUUAAUAUAUAAAGGAUGUUGCAGCAUAUAAGUACUCAGUCCUAAUUUAGUGCCUCAGCUGAAGUUUAUAUUGUAUUGAAAUUCUCUCAGCUUUAGAGCUGAAGGUUCUGAAAUGAUGAAACUGUUGUAUAUAAAUUAUUUUAUUAAAUAUAAACCAUUUUA